UAUUUUGUAUCGAGUGCUGGCAGCAAAAGUUGCUAGUGUACUGCAUUGCAAAGAUGCGUGAGGAUGAAGAUGACAUAAAGAACCAAUUGACAAUUGCGCGCAACGAGAUUAAAAACCUAAGACAGCAAGUGCGCAACCUUCAGAAUGUGCAGCGUAAGGACAUCGAAACUAUAAACCGGCUGCUGCAGGACUUUCGCUGCGAAGGCUGCACGGCCAAGGACAAGGACAAACGGGAAACGCAGCUACGGCAGACCGCAAGGCAAGAGAGUAGUGUCAACGCGAACAGACUUGAUAACGAUGGUGAUGUUGAUGAUGUGGCGCGUUUUAGGCCUAUUGGCAUAAUAAAUACACAAUUCCCGGAAAAGCGAGCAGUGCCGCGUCAAUCGAGCGUGGGCCGACGCCUGCGCAGCGUUAUACAACUGAACGAUAGUGUGUUUACUAAUCCUGAGCAUUCGUUAGAUGGUCUGGCUGACUUCUCGCACAUGUGGAUUAUAUAUCAUUUUCAUCGCAAUAAUACACAUCCGAAACCCAAGGUGGCGCCUCCAAGGCUGGGCGGUGAACGCAUUGGCGUCUUCUCCACGCGCUCGCCCCAUCGACCUUGCCCCAUAGGCUUGUCGCUAGUUGAAAUUGCAAAAAUUGAGGGCGCAACUAUAAGCUUUUAUGGCACGGAUAUGGUCGAUGGCACGCCUGUAUUGGAUAUCAAGCCGUAUAUACCGUAUUACGAUGCACCGGUGCUAAAUGAGGACACGGCUCACACUUCGGUGGUGUCGCAUGAAACGAGCGCCGACUUUUACGACUCACGCCAGGAGCCAGAUGGCGAGGAAUCGGAUCUGGAGCUAUAUGGCGCUGUUGGCUAUACGGCAGGCAAUGCAGCUGCCGCUGCUGAGCUAUGCAGCAAUCCAGACUUGCAGUCACCGCCGCCGCCCUUGCCCAGCGCCGUGCGUGUGCCUAAUUGGGUGACAGCCAGUCAUCGCCUUAGCGUCUGCUUUAACGAGCAUGCAGAGACACAGCUGCAGGAGUUGCAGGUGCAAAAGCAGUGCAUUGUGGACAUUUUGGAGGCAGAUCCACGUUCCGUUUACCUACGCACAAAAUAUGGCUCACAAAUAUUUACAUUUCAACUAAGCGAGGUCACAGUUACGUGCAAGUUCGAUGACAAGGCGGCUACGGUCACGGUGGUGCAAGUACGCCGUAAUGAGAAUGUACAAGUGGCAGGAUUGGACGCCGAGCCACGCAAAACUUAAUUUAAUUAAUUGAUCUUCUGCUUAGGCAAUUGCAACUAAUUUCGAACGUGCUGCUUUUAAUUAAAUAUUAUUAUAUGUAUAUGUUAGCAUGUUGAUAAAAGUUACAAACGCGUUUAUUUGUCG